CUCUCACUCUCACGUGCUGGGUAUAUAGUGGAAGAGGCUUAAGAGGUUCUGCACUCAAACAUCAAAGAAGAGAAAAAAAUGGAAGAUGGACUUUUAGCAGCAGAGGCCAAUGAGAACUGCGAGGACGUGUCAGCAAGUGAUUCCAAAGCCACGGCCAUUGUUGUACUGAGCUCCAUAGUCGCCCUCUGCGCUUCACUUUCUAUUGGGUGUUCUUCUGGAUUUUCAUCUCCUGCUGAAUCUGGAAUUAUGGAAGACUUGGGCCUCUCUGUCGCUGCUUAUUCAGUUUUCGGUUCAAUAAUGACAGCAGGAGGAAUAGCAGGAGCACUUGUUAAUGGAAAGAUAGCAGAUGUCAUCGGUAGGAGAGGUACAUUGUGGUUCUCUGAGUUCUUCACCAUUGCAGGGUGGCUUGCUAUAGCAUUUGCAAAGAAUGCUUGGUGGCUGGACCUUGGAAGACUGUCUUUGGGAUUUAGCAAUGGGAUUCUUGCCUACGUGGUUCCUAUAUAUGUUGCAGAAAUUACCCCAAAGAACCUUCGGGGAGGAUUUACAUCCGCUAAUCAGUUGAUGAUUACUUGCGGCAUUUCUCUGAUGUACUUCAUUGGAAAUGUCACUUCUUGGCGCAUCUUGGCUUUAAUUGGUAUCAUUCCAUGUCUCAUAGAACUUCUAGGCUUAUUCUUCAUUCCAGAAUCUCCUAGAUGGCUGGCUAAAAUUGGCAAGGAGAAAGAGUUUGAAACUGCUCUACAACGCCUUAGGGGAAGGAAUGCUGAUAUUUCUCAAGAAGUGGCUGAUAUCAGGGAUUAUACGGAAGCUUUGGAGCUGCAGUCAAAAACUAGAUUUCUAGAUUUGUUCCAAAGGAGAUAUGCUCAUUCACUUACUGUUGGAGUUGGAUUGAUGUUACUGGUACAGUUUGGAGGGAACAAUGCCAUUUCUGCUUAUGCCGCCUCUAUAUUCGAAGAAGCUGAUUUUUCGAGUAGUGUUGGGACAAUAUCAAUGGCUAUUAUCCAGAUUCCAGCUACUGCUGCUAGUGUGCUCUUAAUAGAUAAAUCAGGAAGACGGCUACUUCUAAUGGUAUCUGCUGCCGGAAUGUGCUUGAGUUGCUUUCUUGUAGGCUUGUCAUUCUGGUUUCAGGACCUCCAGCAGUGGAAGGGGCUCACUCCCAUUUUGGUGUUUAUUGGCAUAAUGGGGUAUGCUGUUUCUUACUCAAUAGGCAUGGCAGGAAUACCAUGGGUCCUAUUGUCAGAGAUAUUUCCCAUGAACAUAAAGGGCUCAGCUGGAAGCCUGGUGUCUUUAGCAAACUGGACCUGUUCUUGGAUUGUAACCUACGCUUUCAACUUUAUGAUGGAAUGGAGCUCAGCAGGAACAUUUUUCAUAUUCUCGUUGAUAUGUGGUUCAGCUGUUGUAUUUGUUGCAAAGCUUGUACCAGAAACAAAGGGGCGAGUGCUAGAAGAAAUACAGGCAUCGAUUACCCAUUUGGCCUUCAGAUAUGAUGGAGAAAGGGGAGCAGCCACGCCUGUUGUAGUACUCAGCACCAUGGUCGCCCUCUGCGGUUCACUCUGCGCAGGCUGCGCUACAGGAUAUUCAUCAGCUGCUGAAUCCGGAAUCAUGGAAGAUUUGGGUCUGUCUGUGGCUGAUUAUUCAGUUUUUGGUUCUACACUAACCAUUGGAGGAGUUAUAGGUGCAUUGUUAAAUGGAAAGAUAGCGGAUAUUAUUGGUCGAAGAGGUGCAAUGUGGUUCUCGGAAAUAUUCGGCCUUGCAGGUUGGCUUGCUAUAGCAUUUGGAAAGAAUGCUUGGUGGUUGGAUCUGGGAAGACUUUCCCUUGGUAUUGGCUUUGGUGUUAUUUGCUAUGUGGUACCUGUAUACAUUGCAGAAAUAACACCUAAGAAUCUUAGAGGACAAUUUACAUCAGCGUAUCAGCUGUUGGUUUGUUGCGGCAUUUCACUUAUGUAUUUCAUUGGAAAUAUCGUUUCCUGGCGCACCUUGGCUUUAAUCGGUGCUAUUCCAUGUUUAGUACAACUUGUGGGAUUAUUUUUUGUUCCAGAGUCUCCUAGAUGGUUGGCAAAAAUUGGUAAAGAACCAGAACUUGAAGCUGCUCUACAGCGUCUUAGGGGGAAGCAUGCUGAUAUAUCACAAGAAGCAGCUGAUAUCAAAGAUUUUACAGAAACCUUUCAAAAGCAUUCAGAAACUAGAAUUCUGGACUUGUUCCAACAUAUAUAUGUUCAUUCCCUCAUUGUUGGACUUGGGUUGAUGAUACUGCAACAAUUGGGAGGCGCCAAUGCAAUUGCUUUUUAUGCAAGCUCUAUAUUUUCAGAAGCUGGUUUUUCAAGUAGCAUUGGGACUAUAUCAAUGGCUAUCGUCCAGAUUCCGUCUGCCGCUGUGGGUGUUAUCUUGGCAGAUAGAUCAGGCAGACGACCACUUCUUUUGGUCUCUGCUGCUGGAAUGUGCUUCAGUUGCUUCCUUGUAGGCUUGUCAUUCUGCUUUCAGGACAUCAACCAGUUGAAAGAGCUCACUCCCGUGUUGGUGCUAAUAGGGAUCCUGGGGUUCAGUGUGGCUUACACAUUAGGUAUGGCAGGAUUACCAUGGGUUAUAAUGUCAGAGAUAUUCCCAAUAAACGUCAAGGGUACAGGUGGAAGCCUCUUGACUUUAGUGAACUGGUCUUGCUCUUGGAUUGUUUCAUACACUUUCAAUUUUAUGAUGGAAUGGAGUACAUCAGGCACAUUUUUCAUAUUCUCGGGCGUUUGUGGUUUCGCUGUUCUAUUCGUCGCAAAAUUUGUACCAGAGACCAAGGGGCGAGCCCUGGAAGAAAUACAAACAUCAAUGACACAUAUUCUGUAAUAAGAAGUA